CGCGGCGCCGCGCGGAGCGCACCGCUGAGUCGACGGUCCUCUCGCGGGAGCCUUGCGAAGCCUUGUGAAGCGCUGUGCGGACGUGCGCGGGGUGCGUUGUGCUGCGACAGGUGCGCGAGGACGGUGAGGAGCUGAGCUUGGGGACGCUGCGGACGCCGACGCAGACGCACUGCUGUGCACGAUGGGUCUGAAACAGAGCAAGCGAUCAUUCCAAGUGACGACAGGUUCACCAAAGAAGGGCGGCGUGGUUGACGCCAAGAUUGAGGUUGUUGAGGCAAAGGAAGACGCCCCGAACAAUGGCGACGUAACGCCGCAGCACACCAAGCCGGAGCCCGGAGCAGACCAGAAUGGCGGCGGUGGCGACGCCGAGGUGAACGGCGAAAAUGGCAAGCAGGAAGCCAACGAGAAGGGGCAGCCGGAGGAGAAGAAGGUGAAAAAGAAGAGGAGCUUCCGUAGCUUCAGUUUCCUGCGCAGAGAGAAGAAACAGAAGGAGGUGAAGAACCAGAAUGCGAAGAAUGAUGACGCCAAGGUGGAGACGGAAGCCGCCACGGAGGAGAAGCCAGCCGAGGAGGCGCCCGCCGCCCCGCAGGAGGCCAAGGCUGAGGAGCCGGCGGCGCCAGCGGAGGCGCCGAAGGAGGGAGGCGAUGCCGCCCCGGCGGCCGAGGAUGCUUCUGCCGAGGUGAAGGCGGAAGGGCCGAAGGUCGAGAAGAAGGAGGAGGAGACGGCGCCGGCGGCGGAGAAGAAGGAGGAGACGCCGGCCGAGGAGAAAAAGGAGGAGGUGGAAGAGAAGAAGGAGCCGGCGACGGAGAAGGAGGCGCCUGCUGCCGAGGAGGAGAAGGCACCUGCCGUGGAGGAGAAGAAAGAGGAGGCGGCUCCCGUGACAGACGAGAAAGAGGCGGAAGCCCCCGCGACAGAUGAGAAGAAGGAGGAAGUCUCGACCGAAGAGAAGGCUCCAGAGGCGCCGGCUGACGCCGAGAAGCCGGCCGAGAAGCCGGCCGAGUCGGAGCCGGAGCCGGUGAAGCCGGCCGAGAAGCCGGUCGAGGAGCCGCCCAGCACGGAGGAAUAGUCGGCGUGCGCGCAGCCUAGCUCCUGUUUCACCGGACCAGCCGACGCGUCGCUGGCGUCGCCCCACACACCGGCCGACGGCCCGGCCGGCGGGCGAGUUUUAUGAAUUUCACAAGUGGGCAAGCUCGCGCCGGGACCUGCGCGCGACAGUGCUGCGUGAGCGCCGGGUCGGAGCGCGCCCGACGAGGCGCGCGCCGACGCCGUGCG